AUGAAUCAACACACUAAUAUAAAAUUGAAAUAUUGGAAUAAUUAUAACUUAUUUAAACUGAAACUCUAUCUUUUAUUAACAUAGAAGAAUCUGACGAAGAAUUAGAUAUAACUAAACAGAAGCGAAUGUAAACACAAUUAUUCUUAAGAAGAGGUUCAAUUUAAGAUUCUCAAUAAAGUUCACAAUAAUCUAAUGAAAAUUAUCAUAAUCAAGUUUAAAUUAAGCAAAUUGAUCAGUAAAUUUAAUAAAACAAUUAGCUAGAUUAUUAAUAAUUAAAGAGAACCAUGAAAAGAAGUUAAACUGCUUUUAAAAAAGAUUUUGGUCAUUUUGCAAAAUAACAUAGAUCUAAAUUAUUUUUAAAGAGAGCUAAUUAAGCUAUAGUUAAUAAUUUUGAACAAAUAAGAAAAUAAAAAUCAAUAAUUACUUCCAACAUAAAUUAAAUUGGAAAAUAACAUCUACGCACUAUUUAAGUUAAAUAUUUUAGAACCAAUCUUUCAAAAGUAUUAUUUAUUGAAAAAGAAAUGACAGCUAUUGAAUUUAUAGUACUUGCAUUAAAAGAAUAUAGUCUCGAAAGAAGGUUUGAUUAAAAUCUUUAUGAAUACAAGAAUUAUACUCUAGCCUAUUAAUUGGAAACUUUAGAAGAUUAAAUGGAAAUGGAUGAAGAUAAAUUUAGAAAACCUAUAUAACGUACUAAAAGUUAUAUUGAAAAAGAUGAUGAUAAUAUUGCUGCUAGAAGAGUCAGUUGCGAUGAAGUAUGAUAAGAAUAUUUAUUAUAAAGAGAGCAAUUACAUCCUAGGUUGAGUAUUCUUUUGCAGAUAUUGAAGAUAGAACAAUAACUAUUGAUUAUCCAGCUACUUUAAGUUGUAAAUAAGUUGAUAUUGUUGUCAAUUCAACAUUUUAAUUGCAAUUUGGAAUAGAUUUAUUAACUCUAAAAAAGGAUUAUGAAUUAUAUCCUUAAUACAUCAUAUUAAUGGUUGAAGAUGUUUAAACUUAAUCUAAUUAAUAAAUUAAAUGUCUUAAUACAUCAACAUUAGAAAAUGUUUUUGAUUCAAUAAACAAUGGUCCAACAAAUAAAAGAUCUUAUAAUGAUUAUUAUUUAAGAUUAAAAUAUCCUUGUAUACAUACAGAUAUUAGUCCAUUAUCUUUGAAUACUCCAAUCAAAGAAUUACCAAUACAUUGGUUAGUUUUAGAAAAAAAAUAUUCAAUAGAAACUUAGACUACUGAUCUUAUAGAUAUUAGUAAUAAAUUUUCAAAUUUCAAAUAACCUAAUUAUAUUGAAGAUGGACUUUUGUCUUAUAAUCCAUAAGAAUGCUAAUGUAAAAUGGAAUCUAAACAUUAUUUAUCUUCCAUAUAUUCUUACCAAGAGUAUGCAUUGAUGCAAUUAAAAAAGGAUGAACAAUAUUAAGUAAUAAUAGGAAUUGAUUAUUUUGACAUUCGAAUAAUCUAUAUCAAUCAAUAGAAUAACUUAUCUUAAAAUUAUUCUUUGUUCUAGUAUAUAACAAAUUAUAUUGUAGAUAUGUUCAAGAAUCAUAAGAAAUCAGAGAAAAUUAUUAAAAUAAAGGCAAUUAAAGAAAGUUCUUUAGAUAAAAAAUAAAAUAAAUUUUAUUUUACAUACAAGAAUAAUGCUCGUAAUUUUAAAUAAUUAUGCUUUAUUCCAGAAUAAAGUAAUGA